GGGCUCGAUCUCUUGUCUGCCACCUGACUCCUGUCAGCUGAGGUGCACGGAGCUCGCCACCACUCCGCUUCCUAUCAGUCACAGAAGCACUUGCGUUUACUUUUAGCCCACUAAACUUUUAAUAAUAUUUGUCCCCUCAGCCACUUAUGCAGCAUAUAGAAUAAGUAGCAGCAGCCUUGAGGGAGCCCAGCAAUGGACCGGAGGAGCUCCUGCUCUAGCAGGCUGUGGACUAUGUUCCUGCUCGGGGUGCUGUGUGUGGCCAUUGUGCGUGGAGCAGUCGGGUAUUACCCUAGAUUCUCGCCUUUCUUUUUCCUCUGCACCCACCAUGGUGAGCUGGAGGGAGAUGGAGAACAAGGAGAGGUGCUUAUCUCCCUGCACCUGGCCGGGAACCCCAGCUACUACGUACCUGGACAGGAGUACCAUGUGACUAUUUCAACGAGUACCUACUUUGAUGGCCUUUUAGUGACUGGAUUAUAUACAUCUACCAGCAUACAAGCAUCUCAAAGUGUUGGAGGAUCCAAGGCAUUUGGAUUUGGUAUAAUGUCUGACCACCAGUUUGGAACUCAAUUCAUGUGCAGUGUUGUAGCUUCACAUGUAAGUCACCUGCCAACAACAAACCUCAGCUUUGUAUGGAUUGCUCCGCCAGCCGGAACAGGAUGUGUCAACUUUAUGGCUACAGCUACUCACAGAGGCCAGGUUAUAUUCAAAGAUGCCCUAGCACAGCAGUUGUGUGAGCAAGGAGCUCCAACAGAAGCACCUGUGCGCCCAAAUUUAGCUGAAAUCCAUAGUGAAAGCAUUAUUUUGAGAGAUGACUUUGAUUCUUACAAGCAGCAAGAAAUAAACCCUAACAUUUGGAUGCCAUGCAAAAACUGUGAAGUUGGAGAGCUGUGUGGUGUAAUCAUGCAUGGAAGUGCUGUCACAUUUUGUGAUCCAUAUGGUCCAAGAGAGAUUAUAACAACUAGUAUUAAUACAACUACAGCCUCCGUGUUGCAGUUUUCUAUUGGGUCAGGCUCAUGCCGAUUCAGCUACUCUGAUCCUGGUAUUGUUGUUUCCUAUGCCAAGAGCAAUGCUACCAACUGGAAUACACUAGAAAGAAUCAGUGCUCCUUCAAAUGUCAGUACAAUUAUCCACAUAAUCUACCUUCCCUAUGAAGCAAAAGGUGACAAUGUGUGGUUUCGGUGGGCACAAGAGCCCACACAGGCAGGAGAUGUGUUUGAGGCUUGCUGGGCACUGGACAACAUACUUAUAAUCAAUGCUGCACAUAAGCAGAUUAUACUAGAAGAUAAUCUUGAUCCUAUGGACACUGGAAACUGGCUUUUCUUUCCAGGAGCUACUGUCAAGCAUAGCUGUCAAUCAGAGGGCAACUCCAUCUACUUUCAUGGAACAGAGGGCAGUGAAUUCAGCUUUGCCACAACAAGGGAUGUUGAUGUAUCUACUGAAGACAUCCAGGAUCAGUGGUCAGAAGAAUUUGAGAGUCAGCCAGCUGGGUGGGACAUUUCCGGAGCUGUCAUUGGUACUGAAUGUGGAACAAUAGAAUCAGGAUCUUCUCUUGUAUUUAUGAAAGAUGGAGAAAGAAAAUUAUGUACUCCAUAUAUGGAUACUACUGGAUAUGGAAACCUGCGAUUUUAUUUUACUAUGGGUGGACUCUGCAGCCCUGGAGAAUCCCAUGAAAAUGAUGUUGUCCUAUAUGCCCAGAUUGAUGGUAGGAAAGACCAUAUUGUAAUGGAUAAACUCUCCUAUUCAUCCUAUAAGGUGCCAUCUUUAGUUUCUACUAUUAUUAGUCCAGAGCUGCAGACUCCUGCCACAAAGUUUUGUCUCAGGCAAAACAGCCACCGAGGACACAAUUUAAAUGUUUGGGCUGUGGACUUUUUCCAUGUGCUUCCUGUUCUGCCCUCCACUGAAUCCCACAUGAUACAGUUUUCUAUCAAUCUUGGAUGUGGAUCACAUCAGCCAGGAAACAGUGUUAGUUUGGAAUUUUCAACUAAUCACGGCAGGACUUGGUCCUUAUUGCAUUCUGAAUGUCUGCCUGAGCUUUGUGCUGGACCUCAUCUUCCACACAGCACCAUAUAUUUAUCUGAUAACUACAGUGGGUGGAGUAGGAUUACAACCCCUCUUCCAAAUGCAGCGCUUACCAGAAACACAAGACUACGAUGGAGACAGAAUGGACCUGUUGUCGGAAACAUGUGGGCACUUGAUAACAUUUAUAUUGGACCAUCUUGUCUGAAAUUUUGCUCUGGUCGAGGACAAUGUACAAGAACUGGAUGCAAGUGUGAGCCUGGUUUUUCCGGACCAGCUUGUGAAAUGGCUUCACAGACGUUCCCAAUGUUUAUUUCAGAAAGCUUUACCAGUUCCAGACUUUCUUCUUACCACAAUUUCUAUUCUAUCCGUGGUGCUGAAGUUAGUUUUGGCUGUGGUGUUCUUGCUAGUGGCAAAGCUUUGAUUUUUAACAAGGAUGGAAGAAGGCAGCUCAUUACCACCUUUCUUGAUAGCUCACAGUCCAGAUUUCUGCAAUUUACUUUACGAAUUGGAAGCAAAUCUGUCUUAAGUACGUGCAAGGCCCCUAACAAGCCAGGAGAAGGUGUUUUGCUCCACUACUCUCAUGACAAUGGCAUUACAUGGAAACUAUUAGAGCAUUUUUCCUAUCUUAAUUAUCACGAACCAAGAAUUAUAUCUGUGGAGCUACCUGAGGAGGCAAAGAAGUUUGGAAUUCAAUUUAGGUGGUGGCAGCCAUACCACUCUGGACAAGGGGAAGAUGUUUGGGCCAUUGAUGAGAUCAUCAUGACAUCAGUGUUAUUUAACAGCAUUAGUCUGGACUUUACAAAUCUUGUGGAUGUUACUCAGUCUCUUGGGUUUUAUUUAGGAAAUGUUCAGCCAUAUUGUGGACAUGACUGGACUUUAUGCUUUACAGGAGACUCUAAACCAUCAACCAGUACACGCUAUGUGGAGACACAAUCCAUGCAGAUUGGAGCAUCUUAUAUGAUUCAGUUUAAUUUAGUAAUGGGAUGUGGUGAGCAGUUCACUCCACACAUGGACAAUCAAGUGAAGUUGGAGUAUUCAACAAACCAUGGUCUCACUUGGCAUCUUGUUCAGGAGGAAUGUCUCCCAAGUAUGCCCAGCUGCCAGGAGUUCACCUCAGCAAGCAUCUAUCAUUCAAGUGAAUUUAUUAAUUGGAGAAGAAUUACUUUGCCUUUGCCACAGAAGACCUGGUCUAGUGCAACUCGAUUCCGCUGGAGCCAACGAUAUUAUGCAUCAGAAGAUGAAUGGGCUUUGGACAAUAUUUACAUUGGACAACAGUGCCCUAACAUGUGCAGUGGACAUGGCUGGUGUGACCAUGGAAUUUGCAGGUGUGAUUCUGGAUACCAGGGUUCUGAAUGUCUUCCGGAAAAUUCCCUUCCAUCCACUGUAAUGUCAGACUUUGAAGGACUAAAUGGCUGGGAAACAGAUUGGCAGGAAGUAGUUGGAGGAGAAAUUGUAAAGCCUGAAGAAGGUUGUGGAAUCAUUUCAUCUGGAUCUUCUCUGUACUUCUCCAAGGAUGGAAGGAGACAGCUGGUUAGCUGGGACAUGGACACCACAUGGGUUGAUUUCAUGCAGUUCUAUAUACAAAUUGGAGGAGAAAGUCCAUCCUGUAAUAAAGCAGAUAGUAGGGAAGAGGGAGUGUUAUUGCAGUACAGUAAUAAUGGCGGUAUUAAUUGGCUUCUGCUGGCAGAAAUGUAUUUCUCUGAUUUCACAAAACCAAAGUUUGUAUAUCUUGAGCUUCCUAGUGCAGCAAAGACACCCUGUACUAGGUUUCGCUGGUGGCAGCCUGUCUUCUCAGGAGAAGGAUAUGAUCAGUGGGCUAUAGAUGAUGUCAUCAUUCUGUCUGAAAACCAAAGGCAGAUUAUUCCAGUUGCUUAUCCAACAUUACCACAAAAUUUUUAUGAAAAGCCUGCUUUUGACUACCCAAUGAAUCAGCUGAGUGUUUGGCUAAUGAUGGCUAAUGAAGGAAUGGUUAAAAAUGAAAGCUUCUGCUCUAUUACCCCUUCUGCUAUGAUAUUUGGAAAAUCAGAUGGUGAUCGAUUUGCUGUUACCAGGGACCUCACCUUGAAACCAGGAUAUGUUCUUCAGUUCAAGUUAAAUGUAGGGUGCACAAAAGAGUUCAGCAAUACAACUUCAGUCCUCCUUCAGUAUUCCCAUGAUGCUGGACUGUCUUGGACACUUUUGAGGGAGGGAUGUUAUCCUGCAUCCCCAGGAAUCAAAGAUUGUGAAGGAAGUUCCAGGGAACUGGUUGAACCAACCUCUUACACUCAAGGAGACUAUGAAGAUUGGACACGGGUAACAAUCAUCAUACCAAGAUCAAUUGCCUCAAGUAAAACCAGAUUCCGAUGGAUACAAGAGACUGGCUCAUCAAAAAAUGCCCCAGCUUUUGGUCUGGAUGGAGUUUAUAUAUCUGAACCUUGUCCGAAUUAUUGUAAUGGUCACGGAGACUGUAUUUCUGGAGUUUGUUUUUGUGAUCGUGGAUACACAGCUGAACAUGGAUCGUGUGUCUCAAACAAGCCCAAUCAAAAUGAGAUGUUUGAUAGAUUUGAAGGCAAACUUAACCAACUUUGGUAUACGAUUACUGGUGGUCAGGUUGGCACAGGCUGUGGACUGCUAUCUGAUGGAAAAUCUCUCUAUUUUAAUGGGCCUGGAAAGAGAGAAGCAAGAACUGCACCACUCGAUACAACACAUACCAGAUUGCUUCAAUUUUAUAUACAGAUUGGAAGUAAGAAUGGUGGCUCUGCUUGUAGCAAACCAAAGUCAAGGAACGAAGGUAUUAUUGUUCAGUACACAAAUGACAAUGGCAUCAGUUGGAAUUUGUUACGUGAACUGGAUUUCCUUUCCUAUCUGGAUCCGCAAUUAAUUUCUGUAGAGUUACCCCGUGAGGCCAAAACAUCUUCCACUGCUUUCAGAUGGUGGCAACCACAGCACGGGAAGCAGUCUGGUCAGUGGGCAUUAGAUGAUGUCCUAAUUGGAAUGAAUGACAGCUCUAGAGCAGGGUUCGAAGACAGAUUUGAUGGUUCCGUUGACUUGCAAGUGAACUGGUACAGAAUCCAAGGAGGCCAAGUAAACAUAGACUGUCUUUCUAUGGAUACUGCCCUUGUGUUUACAGAGAAUAUAGGAAAACCUCAAUAUGCUGAAACAUGGGAUUUUCAUGUUAUGCCAUCUACUUCCUUACAAUUUGAGUUGAACAUGGGAUGUAAUAAGCCAUUUAGUGAUUCUCACACAGUUCACUUGCAGUACUCAUUAAAUAAUGGAAGAAACUGGCACCAGGUUACUGAGGAGUGUGUGCCCCCCAGCAUUGGCUGCCUGCAUUAUACAGAAAGCUCUUUGUACCCUUCUGAAAGAUUCCAAACCUGGAAAAGAGUUACUGUAUAUCUUCCACCUUCCACAAUCUCUCCGAGGACUCGCUUCAGAUGGAUACAGAAUAACUAUGGGUCUAAUACAGAUGCCUGGGCCCUUGAUAAUGUUAUUCUAUCUUCAGGAUGUCCUUGGAUGUGCUCAGGGCACGGAAUUUGUGAAUCAAACCGUUGUGUGUGUGAUCGGGGUUUUGGAGGUCCAUAUUGUGUCCCAAUAGUUCCUUUGCCUUCAAUUCUUAAAGAUGAUUUUAACAGUAAUUUACAUCCAGAUCAGUGGCCUGAAGUGUAUGGAGCAGAAAGGGGAAAUCUGAAUGGAGAAACAAUUAAAUCUGGAACAGCACUCGUCUUUAAGGGGGAAGAAACCAGAAUGCUUGUCUCAAGAGAUUUGGACUGUACCCAUACAUUGUACAUUCAGUUCUCAUUUAAGUAUAUUACUAAAGGUGCUCCAGAGAGGUCUCACUCUAUUCUUCUCCAGUUCUCUGUCACAGGGGGCAUCACCUGGCGUCUCAUGGAUGAAUUCUAUUUCACACAAACUACUGAUGUUCUGUUUGUCAAUGUUCCUCUACCACCAGUAGCACAAACCAAUGCAACCAGAUUUAGGCUCUGGCAACCAUACCACAAUGGAAAGAAGGAUGAAAUCUGGAUCAUAGAAGACUUUGUCAUUGACGGAAAUAAUAUGAAAAACCCUUCCAUCCUCAUGGAUACAUUUGAUUUAGGUCCUAAAGAAGAUAACUGGGUUUUCUACCCUGGUGGCAAUAUUGGUCUUUACUGUCCAUACUCUUCAAAGGGAGCACCGGAGGAAGAUUCAGCCAUGGUGUUUGUCUCAAAUGAAGUAGGGGAGCAUUCCAUUACGACAAGAGAUCUGGAUGUUGAUGAGAAUACCAUUAUUCAGUUUGAGAUCAAUGUAGGCUGCUCAACAGACAGUAGUUCUGAUGAUCCAGUAAGGCUGGAAUUUUCACGGGAUUUUGGUGCCACAUGGCACUUGCUUUUACCUCUGUGUUAUAGCAGUACCAGCCAUGUCAGUUCAUUAUGCACCACUGAGCACCACCCAGGUAGUAUUUACUAUGCUGGAACUAUGCAAGGCUGGAGGAGGGAAGUCAUCAAUUUUGGAAAACUACAUCUUUGUGGCUCCAUUAGAUUCAGAUGGUAUCAAGGAUUUUACCCAACUUCUAUGAAACCUGUGACAUGGGCAAUUGAUAACAUUUACAUUGGUCCUCAGUGUGAGGAAAUGUGCAAUGGUCAUGGAAGUUGUGUCAAUGGGACCAAAUGUAUUUGUGAUCCAGGCUACUCAGGCCCCACCUGCAAAGUCAGUACUAAGAAUCCAGAUUUCCUCAAGGAUGAUUUUGAAGGUCAACUGGAAUCAGAUAGAUUCCUGUUAGUGAGUGGAGGAAAGCCUUCCAGGAAAUGUGGCAUACUCUCUAGUGGAAACAAUUUAUUUUUUAGUGAUGAAGGUUUGAGAAUGCUGAUGACAAGAGACCUGGAUUUAUCUUUAGCCCGGUUUGUGCAGUUUUUUAUGCGUUUAGGAUGUGGAAAGGCAGUGCCAGAUCCCAGAAGUCAACCGGUGCUGCUACAAUACUCACUGGAUGGUGGGUUAUCAUGGAGCCUUCUUCAAGAAUUCCUCUUUAGUAACUCCAGUAAUGUUGGACGUUAUAUAGCCCUAGAAAUCCCCCUUAAAGCUCGUUCUAGUUCUACUCGUCUUCGAUGGUGGCAGCCAUCAGAGAAUGGACAUUUCUACAGUCCCUGGGUUAUUGAUCAGAUUCUUAUCGGUGGGAAUAUAUCUGGAAACACUGUGAUAGAGGAUGAUUUCACCACUUUAGACAACAAGAAAUGGCUUCUUCAUCCUGGAGGCACAAAAAUGUCAGUUUGUGGAUCUAGUGGUGAUGCACUUGUAUUUAUUGAGAAGGCCAGUACUCGCUAUGUGGUAACAACUGAUAUUGCUGUAAAUGAAGACUCUUUCAUGCAGUUGGAUUUUGCAGCUUCCUGCUCUGUUACAGAUUCUUGCUAUGCCAUUGAACUAGAAUAUUCAGUGGAUCUGGGACUUACAUGGCAUCCUGUUCUUAAAGACUGCCUUCCAACAAACGUGGAAUGUAAUAAGUAUCAGCUUCAGAGAGUUUUGGUAUCUGACACUUUCAAUAAAUGGACCAGAUUUUCAUUGCCUCUUCCUGAAUAUACCAGAUCACAGGCUACAAGGUUCCGCUGGAAUCAACCAUCACCUUUUGAUAAGCAGCAAACCUGGGCCAUUGAUAAUGUCUACAUUGGAGAUGGUUGUGUAGAUAUGUGCAGCGGACAUGGACGCUGUAUACAAGGGAAUUGUGUGUGUGAUGACUACUGGGAUGGGAUUUACUGUGAUGAACCUGAGGUAUCUUUACCAACACAAUUGAAAGACACAUUUAAUAGAGCGCCAGCUAGCCAGAACUGGCUAACAGUAAGCGGUGGCAAACUCAGCAGUGUCUGUGGUGCAGUAGCAUCAGGAAUGGCUCUUCACUUUAGUGGGGGCUGUAGUCGCCUCUUGGUCACUGUGGAUCUAAAUCUUACAAGCGCUGAGUUCAUUCAGUUUUAUUUCAUGUAUGGCUGCCUUAUAACACCCCACAGUCGUAAUCAAGGUGUAUUGCUGGAGUAUUCUGUAAAUGGCGGCAUUACCUGGAACCUAUUAAUGGAAAUUUUUUAUGAUCAGUAUAGCAAACCAGGCUUUGUGAAUAUUCUCCUACCUCCUAGUGCUAAGACAGUUGGCACUCGAUUUCGCUGGUGGCAGCCUAAGCAUGAUGGUUUAGACCAAAAUGAUUGGGCAAUCGACAAUGUCUUGAUAUCUGGUUCUGCAGAUCAGAGCACAGUGAUGUUAGACACAUUCAGCAGUGCUCCACUUCCACAACAUGAGCACACACCUGCUGAUGCAGGCCCCAUUGGGAGGAUAUCCUUUGAUUUUUAUGGAGAAGAAAAAACUUCAGUGAAUGAGCAUUGGCUUUUCCAUGAUGACUGCAGUAUUGAGAGAUUCUGUGACUCACCUGAUGGUGUUAUGAUCUGUGGAAGUCAUGAUGGAAGAGAAGUGUACACAGUAACCCAUGAUCUGACACCUGCAGAAAACUGGAUCAUGCAGUUUAAGAUAGCAGUUGGAUGCAAGACCUCAGAGAAGAAUGUGCCGAACAAUGUACAUGUUCAAUAUUCCACUGACUUUGGUGUAAGCUGGAGCUACCUAGUUCCUCAGUGUUUACCUGCAGACCCUAAAUGCUCUGGGAUCGUGUCACAGCCAUCAGUGUUUUUUCCAGCUAAGGGAUGGAAACGUGUCAUCUAUCCUCUGCUGGUUAACCUUAUUGGAGACCCUGUCAGGUUUCGAUUUUACCAAAAGUAUUCAGAUAUGCAAUGGGGAAUUGACAAUUUAUACAUUGGACCUGGCUGCACUGACAACUGUAAUGGUCAUGGGGAUUGCUUAAAGGAGCAAUGUAUUUGUGAUCCAGGAUACUCUGGGCCAAACUGUUAUCUAUCCCAUCCACUAAAGACUUUUCUAAAGGAGCGCUUUGACAGUGAAGAACUGAAACCUGAUUCCUGGCUGUUUAUGGAGGGGGGAAAACCCUGUACUGAUUGUGGUAUCUUAGCUGAGGACACUGCCCUUUAUUUUUGGUCAUCUUCUGUUCGGCAAACAGUCACCCAGGACCUAGAUUUAAGGGGCGCAAAGUUUGUUCAAUAUUGGGCAAGAAUUGGCAGUGAAAAUAUAACAUCUUGCCAUAGACCAACAAGUAGGAAAGAAGGUGUUCUUUUAGACUAUUCAACUAAUGGAGGUAUCUCUUGGACAUUGCUACAUGAGAUGGAUUACCAGAAAUACAUGGCAGUCCGCUAUGAUUAUAUCCUUCUUCCAGAACAUGCCCAAACUAACACAACUCGUCUGCGAUGGUGGCAACCCUUUACUAUCAGCAAUGGCUAUGUGGUUCUAGGUUCAGAUCGAUCUCAGUGGGCCCUUGACAACAUAUUAAUUGGGGGAGCCGAGAUCAACCCGAGCCAGCUAGUAGACACAUUUGAUGAUGAAGGUACGUCCCAUGAUGAACACUGGAGCUUCUACCCCAAUGCUGUAAGAACAGCUGGUUUCUGUGGCAACCCAUCAUUUCAUCUUUAUUGGCCAAACAAAAAGAAGGAUAAUACACACAAUAUAUUGUCUUCUAGGGAGCUCAUUAUACAACCUGGCUAUAUGAUACAGUUCAAGAUUGUUGUCGGUUGUGAAACAAAUUCAUGUGUUGAUCUUCAUUCAGUUAUGCUUGAGUAUACAAAGGAUGCCCGAACGGAUUUAUGGCAGCUGGUUCAGACGCAGUGUCUUCCUUCCUCAUCAAAUAGCAUUGGCUGCUCUCCAUUCCAAUUCCAUGAAGCCACAGUCUAUAACUCCAUCAAUAGCUCAGUGUGGAAAAGAGUUACACUGCAACUUCCAGACUAUGUUUCUUCCAGUGCUACACAAUUCCGCUGGAUUCAGAAAGGGGAUGAGACUGAGAGGCAGAGUUGGGCUGUUGAUCAUGUGUAUAUUGGAGAAGCUUGUCCUAAGCUUUGUAGUGGACAUGGAUACUGUACAACUGGAGCUAUUUGCAUAUGUGAUGAGGGAUAUCAAGGUGAUGAUUGCUCGUUGUAUAACCAUGACCUUCCAAGCUACAUUAAAGAUAACUUUGAAUCAGAAAAGGUGACCGAAAUUAAUUGGGAAAAUAUUCAAGGAGGCACAAUUGGAAAUGGAUGUGGUCAGCUUUCACCUUAUGCUCAUGGAGACUCCUUGUAUUUUAAUGGGUGUCAAAUAAGACAAGCCAUAACAAAGCCACUUGAUCUUACUCGUGCCAGCAAAAUAAUGUUUGUGCUUCAGAUCGGAAGCAUUGCCCAAACAGAGAGCUGUAAUACUAACUUAAGUGAUGCAAAUACAGUAGAUAAGGCAGUGCUGUUACAAUACAGUGUAAAUAAUGGGAUAACUUGGCAAGUCAUUGCACAGCACCAGCCAAAAGACUUUACACAAGCACAAAGAGUGUCUUACAAUAUUCCACUAGAAGCCCGGAUGAAAGGAGUUCUUUUACGAUGGUGGCAACCACGCCACAAUGGAUCAGGUCAUGAUCAGUGGGCUUUGGAUCAUGUAGAGGUUGUACUCACUCGCAAACAAAAUUACAUGAUGAAUUUUUCACGGCAACAUGGGCUCAGGCAUUUCUACAACAGACGAAAGAGGGCUGUGAGACGCUACCCAUAAAGAAGUGAAAAUAUGUAAAAAUCCUGCAAUCAUGUGAAGUGUUUGCUUUUCAUUGUGUCCAAUCAAAACACUGCGUCAAGACUCAAAACAUUCCUGCAGUUGGCUUAAAUAACUAAGAACCUCCUUUAAGACUGACCAUACUCCACUUUUCGCACUGUGAACUAAUGAGAAGUAACUUAUUUUCUCAUAAGUAAAUGUUAUAAUGUUGAUGUGUUUGUGAAAGUAUGUGUUCUUUGUACCUGUUUAAUUGGCUGUAUUUCAGUUAAGUAAUAUAAUUUGCUUAACAUGAAAUGAUCAUUAAGCACAACAAGACUUGUUGGAACAUAUGAAAAAGAUCAAUAUUUACAGUAUUUAACAAAAUGUUGCCACUUAGAUAUAAAGUGCACUGUAUUUCUUUCAUCUAUGUAUCAUAUUUUAUAAAACUAAAUUAUCAUAUUUUUGUCGUCUAUGUACUCUCCUUAAACAUGAUUUGCUGGCAUCUGUCACAUCAAAAUCAGUACAAUGUUCCAUGUCCCAAUGAAUGUAAGUUGUUAUUAAACCUUACAACGUACCUACAGGUGUAUAGUAUAUAGAAUUUUCCAUCACAAAUCUGGUCAAAAGGUAUAGCUGGAAUGUUAAUAAGAAUAUGGAAUUGUCAUUCAGAAAGUUUAACCUAUAAGAAUUGUGAAUGCAUCCUUAACAGAUGCCUCAAUAUUCUAUUAUUGGCAGUGAUAGUGUUUUCUUCUUAGUUUUGAACGCCAAUAAACCCAACAGUAACUGCAUAGUGGUGUCUGUGGCAUAAUAGAGUGAUUUGUAGCCUGUGGAUGUUUUCUUUGUUUUCCAUUUGUAAUAUGUCCCUACUGCAGUUUUAUGUAUCCUCUGCUAAUAUAACUACCACCUUAAACAGUAACAUGGCUGCGUUCAUUAUCUACCAUACACAAUAAUCAAAAUGUUACCAUUUUUAUGUCCAAAUAAAGAUACUAACCAUCUUAAAAUGGCUGUUAAAGGCUGGGUAUGCCAUACCAGUGACAUAGUCUAGUUGUUUGUGUUUCUGAUCUGUAUGUCAAUUUUAUAACAUGUUCUCAAUAAUCACAAAACCACCCUGAAAAAUACAAACUUAUAAAAAACAUUUGCAGAUUUUAAAUACAGUUGCAAUGGUUACUAUGUGCCCUGUUGUUUUGUUCUACUUAAUUUGUAUAUACCGUGACCCUUUAAGCAUAUUGAUAGAAAAUAUAAUUCUCUGUUCUGUUAAUGGUAAUACAGAAAUAAAAUGUUUUAAAUGUU